CGUUCCGGUCGGUUUGGAAGUUCAAUUCGAGUCUCGAUUGGGUGAAGUUCAAAGUGAAGUUCAGUGAAUUGGCAAUAUACGUUUGAAGAAUCGCUUCCAAGUAAUUCAAGUAACAACUAGAAAAAUUAGACGUGAAACAUUGUCCCUGCAAAUUAGUGCUGAUGGUGCUGAAAAUAAUUCCAAAAAGUGAUACGCCUUGCACUGAAAUGUGAAUCCACCGGUGAAUGUGACCGUCAAUACGACAUCCUCCGGUCCUGGAGUAUUCCGGAAAUAUAGUUACUGAUAGCUUCCAGCGCCACAAAGGACGGAACACAUAAUGACACAUCCCAGGAAUUCAUUACCACCACCAUCGUCAUCGUCUCCAUCAUCAUCACCGUCAUCGCAGUCGUAAGUGGCGUCUACUACUCGGAAGUAUUGAUUUCGAAUCAAGCGCUAAUGCAACGACUGCACGGACGAGAAGCACCACCAGCAGCAGCACCGGAACCGGCAUUAAUCCUCCCGAUCCAUUCCAGUGCAGUGCACAGUUUUCUCGAACCAGAAAUCAGUCAUGUGUAUGCAUUUAAUUAAGUUUGAAUUUACUCCGACCAAUCCAGUGAGCCAGUGAUUUAAUCUGAGCGAACGCUGCUGCGAAAUCGUGUCAUCGUGUCCGGGCGACCCAAGGGUUUCCCGAACGGCGGGGCCGGGACGAAAACAACAACCAAAGGCAGCGCUAACCUGCUUAGUGACAGUUUGAUCGAAUUAUCAGCUCAAGUCGGACGACGAUCGGUGAAAGAUUUCCAGCCGGCAGAUGUGACUUGAAGAUUCGCGUUGAACUGUGUCGCGGUGCGGUGCGGGUGGUGUCGUAGAAUUCAUCCCAUCCACGGAGUUCCGUAUGAUUCCGUGAGACUAUAUGUUUGUGUACAUUAUUCUCGCAUUGUUAUCGCAUUAACGCACCCAAUUGGAAGCGUUGCCCCGGGUGAGCCGUUGGAAGUGUUUUUUUUUCGCUCCGUCUGAUGGUCUGAUGAAAAUGAAGUGAUAACGAAAUGGGGCGAAAAUAGCCUGACCAGGAAAAAAAACUCGACUUGUGGAAAACACGUUUCGUUUCGCCUAUAUUCACGCUCAUCAAUGGACCAAAUUAGCAGUUAGGCGAGUGUGCCGAAGUGCGCAGUGAAUGUUCGCAGUUUUUCAGUGGCCGCGGUGUUAUUUGAGCGGCAGUUAACUUUUUGAUGGUGAUUACAACGGUGUGUGAAUUACGCAUAGGAUCACCACCAACACGGUCGCGUGCUAACGAACGGAACGGAGACCUCAGCGAGAGUGUGAGGGAAAUUAACCCAGAAAAUCGAUUACAUCAUCUUUUUGACACUACGAUCGUGUACAGGGUGGGACUGGGGAACCGGGGGGCUGUCACCUUUUAAGUGCUGCUACUGGAAUACUGCUACCAGCAGAGAAAGUGCAACAGUCGUGCUGUGGGCAUAGGGCAAAUGUGGUUCUAAAAUAACACGCCGAUAUCAUCGCGCCCCGGGGGUGAACGGGGAGUGUACGGAGUUGAAGGCCUACUAAAGCCGGGUGCUGCGAGCUGAUCGACGUCUACGGAACAAGUGCGAAUUGAACCGGUGCGAAAGUGUGGGGACACCAGGAAAUGAACGUAUUGAUAGUGCGGAUGUGUGCGUGUGACAUACCAUUUAUCGCGCGUAAUAUGAGAAACUAAAGAAGAUAUCCCCUGAAAGGGUGGAUAUAGGUUGGGAGCUAGCGGCUUCGCGCUACUGGGGGAAUCAUUAUUGACGACAUCAAGUUAUGUCUAGCCUGUUACUAGUUGCCUCGCUGGAAGACGCUUCGCUGUUAGUGUUGUGAAUAUCGGUUUCGAAGGAGUUUCAUUUUAAGACGGAAGGCGGGUUGCCAUCAAUCAACACGGUGGCAUAGUAAAGAUGGCUAUUACAAUGCCGUCAUCCGUGGAUAGGAUCGGGGGGAUAUCGUUGAUACCCACAGCGGCCGUUGCCACGUAUGAAACUUUGAGCGAUGCUGUCAAUAUGACAUCGAGUAGUGGUGAUGCAAUGAGGCGGAAUGGAAGCGCCCAAGUGUUGAUGGCGGUAAACGACCGUGACAUCAUACUCUCUAAUGACCUUGUGCAAAUGGUGUUUUGUCUGCUGUACUCUAGCAUAUUUAUACUCGGUAUUUUUGGAAACGUUCUGGUGUGUUACGUGGUGUUUCGCAACAAGGCUAUGCAGUCGGUGACAAACCUGUUCAUAACGAACCUAGCGCUAUCGGAUAUUCUGCUGUGUGUUCUUGCUGUACCGUUCACACCAUCCUAUACAUUCCUUGGGCGGUGGGUUUUCGGCAAACUUAUCUGUCACACAGUUCCCUUGGCUCAGGGUUGCAGCGUGUACAUAUCCACUCUGACUCUGACUUCCAUAGCGAUCGAUAGAUUCUUCGUGAUAAUCUAUCCUUUUCAUCCGCGAAUGAAACUGUCCACCUGCAUAACCAUCAUUGUUCUCAUCUGGACGUUCGCUCUGCUGGUAACCCUCCCGUAUGGCCUCUACAUGAGGCUUCAUGACGACAUCAAUGGAACCAUGCUUAAUCAAACCCUGCAAGAGGAUCGGCUUUUCUACUGCGAGGAACUUUGGCCCUCGGAGAACAUGCGGAAGGUCUUCUCAAUUGCGACCUCAAUCCUACAGUUUGUCCUUCCAUUCAUAAUAAUGGCAUUCUGCUACAUCUGUGUGUCAAUUAAGCUGAACGAUCGAGCUCGAACAAAGCCUGGAUCAAAAACAACCCGUCGUGAGGAAGCCGAACGGGACCGUAAGAAGCGCACCAACCGAAUGCUAAUAGCUAUGGUUGCCAUUUUCGGCAUCUCAUGGUUGCCACUCAAUCUCGUGAAUAUGUGCAACGAUUUCUACUCCGACAUCAACGCUUGGCCCUUCUAUAAUCUGCUGUUCUUCAUCGCGCAUCUAACCGCCAUGAGUUCGACCUGUUACAACCCGUUCCUGUAUGCGUGGCUCAACGAAAACUUCCGUAAAGAGUUCAAACAAGUGCUACCCUGUUUCGACCCGUCCCGUGGUCGCAGCACCGUCAGUAUGCGCCGAUCUGAACAUCGAACCUGCAACGGUAACGAUACCGUGCAGGAAACCCUUAUUCCGAACUCCCAAAUCCUUCCGCCAAUGUCGAACCGUUCCCCAAAUACCACCACCACUACCACAACCACCAAUGAUUCCGCUAAGCAAAGCGUUGACUCAAUACUGCUCUCGGAAGUCGGCCCACCGAUGCUUCUGUCCGCAAAUCCACCCCUUCUUCCGUCGAUCCAAAGCCAGGAAACCGUCGUGCUCCCAUCGGGUGUGCUGGAGACCCCUUUUGAGGUGCAAUUGCCCGUUGUUACAUCGGUGGCAGCCGUUUCCAGCUGCAGCAAAACGCAAACAACGAACAGUCUGGGGAAUGGAGGUUUGAGCGCUAACCCCUCCACCAAGCUCAGCAACCCAAAGCUGCAGUCAUUGAUACUGAUCAACGACGGCACCUGCGGGGACACCAAGGUUCCUGAGAUACUAUAGACUGAGACUAAGUCGGAGACGGGAAAGAAGCGUGCUGUUUUAUCUACAACGUAAAUUUUAAGAUCAAAAGCUUCAUCAUAAACGGUCAUACCACAUAGAGUCAUCUUUUCCGCGAAGCAAUCGAUAACCGAGGAGCAAACAUGCGAAACAAAAACUUGGUUGGACCCGCUAUCUGUGGGCCCGAGGCAGAAGGUCCAACACAACACGGCUUUGAUUGCUUGUUUGCUCUCUGUGAGGGAAGAAACAACGCCGGGUGGAAUAUUUUUCCCUCCCACAAGUUCCUAGAGGCAGACUUUUGCAGCAGGAUUGAUUAAAGACCAAACGAGAGCCCCAGCUGGUGCUGCUGCUGUUGAUAUGAACAAAUAAACAGCAGAAAGGCAACCGUCGUCAGUCCAUGUAGAAAUAACACACCGAAGCCAUAUGGCAUGAAGCGUGUAAAGUUAGCUGUUCCAACUUUGUGAAUUCGUGUAGUACUUGUUAGGAAAUCGUUGACUCUUGCAUCUUGCAUCUGACGUUUGGUUGAGCAUAAUAAGUAUAUGAGCGCGCGUUGGACAUGUGAGAAAUUUUAUUGUAUUGUAGAUAUAUGAAAUGUUUUGGGAUUUUAUUAAAAAAACAAAACUCACUGAAAAAUGAUUAGGCGUUGGCGAAGCUAUUCGGUGUUGAUUGUUAAAAAAAGAAAAAAAAGAAUGUAGAAAAAAUUAUAGUGAUUUUUAACGCAAACCUGUGUCAUUUGAUAUCGAACAUUUUGUUACAACUUAUACAAGGUUUGCUUUAUAAACGUUUCUUAACAAACAUACUCCAUCUAUUUUAUGAUCUGUUCCAAUUGAUGAUAAUUUUGAUACGAACCAACUUGUUUCUUUGAAUGUUUAAAUCAUCUCAGUUAUCGUCUUAUUGAUUUUCGUUUGUCACAUCUCUCGAUGUUAAAAUAACUAAGAAAAUGUGACGCCUUUUUUUUGUUUCAUUCAGCGCUAAGAUUAUUUUUGUUCGAAAAAUUGUAGUGUCUGAGACACGAUCGCAUUUUCGACGUAGGACUAUGAAAUUAUAUUUUUCAAUCCGCUUUUUUAUCACUGCGGGUAUUACUUUAGAGUGAAUCGAAGUUUUUGAAAUAACUCUUUAGCAAGCGUCGUAAGCGUUAUUUUUUCCUUGGUUCUAUAACUAUAACGGUAACGGUUCCAGUUGACAUACACACGUGUAUGGAUGUCCCAUUGCCACCAUAGUUCCAACAACAAAAAGUAUCAAAACCGUCUAAUGGUAACUAUUGUUACCAGUAACUACAUUUCGCAGCGCAGAGGAACUAACAAUUCGUGCGUGGGCAAGGACACACAAGCACCAGCAUGAAACGACUUGAAAACCGACACUCUGUAUAAUUUUAUCGAAUUUUACCUUGUACGUAUCGCUACAUGCGAACCAAAUUGCACCAUGGACGAAUUUCAUGCCAACUCGUCUUAGGAGUUGGCAGCACCAUCUCAGAUAGUAGUGAAAUGUUGUGGUUGUAAAGACAUGGGUCAUUUAAGCAGCUUUGCAUACAUGAAAUAUUCGAAAAACAAUAAAACUACUUUUUGGAAAAAGCUAAUAUUUUCUUAAUUUUUUACUAAAAUUUAUAACUUAAAAACUAUGAUAUCUAC